AUGUUUACCAUUAAAAAGAUUGUGCAGGCAUAUCAAGCUCCAACAGGUUCUCUUAUACAUGCUGAUACUUCCAACAUGACACAAGUGGAUAUACCAGAAAUGAAGGAGGCAAGUGAGGCUGCAAUCCUCAGUCUAACUGAAAUGGUCAAGAUUUGUGAUGAUGAUGAGGUUAAUUCUGCUGGACAGAGCUUGCCAAUGGACACAGAUGAUGUAUACCGAGUGAAAUCAGAAUUCGUACCCCUAUUAAUAAAAAUCCUCAAUAAGCAUGGAGAUAUUGCUAAGAAUUGUACCAUAUCAACAAUGGAAUACCGUUCAAUGUUGUUGGAGAUGAUAUGUGAUAUCUUCUCAGAAUUGCAAGACGAGGAUCUUAGUAAAAUCAAAGAAGAUAACCUGCAAGAUAUGAUUUUUCAAAUACUCGAGACAAAACAGAUUCUUAGACAGUCUAGCACACUGAAAGAAGCUAGAGAGAGCAAUAGACAAAUCAUUGAAAAUGUGGAGAGAGAACUUGAAGAAAAUGAAGCAGAAAAGAAUGCUGUGGCAGAAAAGCUCAGAUCAAUCUAUGCUAAAGAGACUGUUUGCCAGGAGACAUUGGCUAAAGCAAGGGAUGAGAGUACAGCAAUAGCUGCAACUAUUGCAGAUGCCAAAUCUAAAACGAGGUGCUUUCAAGAGUGCUCACUGGUAGAUGGUUUGCUUUAA